AUGGCAGUCUCUGACGUCCAUGGACUGAUUCCACGGAGAAAAAGAAAUGUUCUGCUGGCCAGCGGAGUACGCCUCUGCACAGAGGAGACUGUCCAACAAGCCAUCGAAUACCACCUCAAAUAUUACCAGCUCAGAGUGUGUCAGGAGACAGUGUGGGAGGCAUUUAAAGUUUUUUGGGAUCGCCUCCCAGAUCAAGAGGAGUACCAAAGCUGGAUGACCCAAUGCCAGAGUGGCACUGUCAGCAUGCAGCAGAUUGGCACCACCUUCAGCCAAUCAGAAGAGCACAUUGCCCUCGUUCACAAAGUAAGCAGAAAGAGACAAAUAACUAAUGAGAUAGAGAUGGAGGCAAUCACUCUAACAAUGCAGCCAGUGGUGGAGAAGAGGGUCGAACUUAGUGUGUUACUGACAGGAGAAAGCUGGAGCAAUGAGCUCUUAGACCCAACUAGCAGCCAACAUCACAUACUCACACAGGAGUUCACAGAGAAGAUUGCUGCCUCACUAGAGAAGCUCACAGAAUUCAAGAGUGUGUCUGUGCUGGAAUAUAGGGUGGAUGCAGUGUUGGUGCGUUUCGUAGUGGUUUUGCAGACUGAUGGAGAGGAAAUAAAUGGUGAAACACUGGAUUUUAUAAACCUUCAGUCCAACAUGAUGGAGAGUAGCUUCAGCUUAUCAGAGAAACCCACUGUAGAGUACACCAUCACUGAUCCACAGGGCCACCUUACAGAGGCACUUCUUGAAGCAGAUACUGAAGAAGAGGAGGAAUUAAUCAUCACUCAUGCUGUGGUUAUUGAGUCUCCACCUACAGACAUACCCAUGGUAGAUGAGAAGACUACUGACGCCUCUGUCUAUUGCUCCCACACUGCUUGUGUCACAAAGGCAGACUCUGAUUCAGCCUCUGGUGCCGGUCCAGGAGAAGAUGACUGGAAACCAUCUUCUGAAAUGGGCCAAGCUGAGGCUCAGCCCAAGGCUGAGGGAAAUGAUGAAGAUGAAACACCUGGAGCAGUUGACUAUGAGCUCUCCACCUUUACCACAUUAACAGAGGAGAGCUGGACACCACCUGACCAUGCUUUUGCCCAUGUCCCCACUGAAACAGUGGUGUACAGUGAACCAUCAGAGCUGUCUGUUGUACUCAGUGAAGUAACUCAUACUGCCCUACCCAGCCUCAUACUGCCUCACACUGAGUAUCCAAUCAUAGAGUCAGGUGCAGUCACACCUCCUGUAAUACCAGAUUUGGAGGAGAAGGUUGUGAUCCCCACUGUAACAGAUGAAAACGAGGUAGAGGAGGAGUCUGAGGUAAUAGAGGAGGAAGAUGCUGAUAUUUCUCAGGUAGCAAAGGAGGAGGAGUCUGUUCCCAUAGUCACUGAGGAGAGAGGAGUGGUUCCCUUGGCAACAGAUGCUUCAGCUGUGGGGAUCCCUGAGGAGGACUUUACAGAGGACGAAGUUCUACUGGUUACCAUAGAACCUGUCAAUCCCACCCAUUCGACACCCCUCUCUCCGGAGAAGGAGUCCCCAUUCACUCUCAUUGCCAUGGUAAUACCUGUGGAGUCUUCUCUGCCCCCUGACGCCAUGGCAACCGAGCCCGAUUACACCCUGUUCCACCAUGAAGAUGAAGAAGAAGAAGAAGAGGCCAGUGGUUACACCACCAUCAUCCAUAACAAUGACAAGGCUAGUGUGGCCAUGCCAGUCAACCCUGGGCGAGCCCUGAUGGUGUUCUUCAGCCUGCGUGUCACAAACAUGAUGUUUUCAGAGGAUCUGUUCAACAAGAGCUCUGCAGAGUACAAGGCCCUGGAGCAGAGAUUCUUAGACUUGUUGGUUCCAUACCUACAGUCCAAUCUCAGUAACUUCCAGAACCUAGAGAUUCUAAACUUCCGAAAUGGGAGCAUUGUGGUCAAUAGCCGCAUGAAGUUUGGCAAACCAGUACCACAAGGAGUCACCACAGCAGUUUACCUAAUCCUAGAAGACUUCUGCAACACUGCUUACCAGACCAUGAACCUUGCCAUUGACAAAUACUCACUGGAUGUAGAAUCAGGUGAACAGGCAGACCCCUGUAAAUUCCAGGCCUGUAAUGAGUUUGCAGAGUGUAUGGUUAACCAGUGGUCCGGGGAAGCGGAGUGUGUGUGUAAUGCUGGUUACUUCAGUGUGGACGGAUUGCCUUGUCAGAGCAUCUGUGAUGUGCAGCCAAACUUCUGCAUGAACGACGGCAAAUGUGACAUUAUACCUGGACAAGGAGCUAUCUGCAGGUGUCGAGUAGGGGAGAACUGGUGGUAUCGUGGGGAGCACUGUGAGGAGUAUGUGUCUGAACCAUUGGUGGUUGGCAUCGCCAUAGCGUCAGUUGCUGGUUUCCUGUUGGUAGCAUCAGGUGUAAUAUUCUUCCUGGCUAGAACUCUGAGGGACCAAUAUGACAAAGAGGAGAGUGAAGACCCAUUACGGAGGUUAGACAGUGUACCGUCGUCGGAAAGAGCCACUAAGUAUAAUCCAAUGUAUGAGAGUGAUGCUACGUCCAGUUACAGUCACUAUUACCAGCGGUAUCCUGACCCCCUAGUCCACAGCAGUGCCAGUGCUGAGGCCUCCACUGACUUCAGCAGUGAAGAGAUCAGACACAUUUAUGAGAACAGCGAACUCACUAAGGAGGAGAUUCAGGAUCGUAUCCGUAUCAUAGAGCUCUAUGCUAAAGAUCGGCAGUUUGCUGACUUUGUGCGACAACAUCAAAUAGCACUGGACUCUCAAAGAGAAAGUUCAUCCAGCUAG